GAAACAGCAUCGCAUCGAUAGUUGUUGUCUCACUCACAUUCGUUCUCUCUAUUUUACUGAGAUUGAGUUUUGUAUUGGCUUUGGUGUUUAAUUUUUGAAAGAUUCAACUCGUAUGGACCAGUGGUAGAAAUUCUUCGUAUUAUGUGUAGAGAACAUGUACACACUUCACAGGCUUUAGCUAGGGGAGCCAAAUUGGAUAAUUCUUAGUAAUUUCUUUAUUGGAUUGGAGUUUAGUAGCCCUGACCCUGGAAUCCAAAUCCUUGAUUUUGGUUUGAAACUAAUAACUUGCCAUCAGCACUGGUGGAGAAGAUUAGUUUUGUCAAUGAUGUUGGUGUGAAGAAAUUCGAAACUUGCUUAGCCACUCAUUGAAAAUUGUCUUGACUAUUGAGUUCAUAUAAUUCAAGCAUCCUUAUACACACAAUCCCCUGUACUUAUUGAUUUCUCUUAUAGAAAAAUAGCAGUUUGAUAUGGCAGAAAAUGGUGAGAUCAAAAUAAGCUAUUUUUUCUCUUAUUUUCUCCUUCUGGUUUUAAUUAUGGCUUAUUAAGUUUUUAUCUUUCCUUUUCAUUUUCAUUAUUCUUGCAUUGAUUUCGUAUAAGAAAGUGUUAAGAUUAUAGAGUCGAUAUCGGAAUUGCUGGCCACCGCGAUUGAUGUGGCGAAAGAAAGCUGGCAAUGUAUGAUAUUUCUUCUUCAUCUUUUUUUCUUCUAAAUUAUCAGUUCACUUUUCUACUGCAGUUGCCUGAUCUAUAUUUCCAUUUGUUGAAUUCUUGGUAAUGAGUAGGUGAUCCGGAGAGGGUUUUAUCAGACCAAAAUUGUGGAGCAUAAAAAUUUGGUAAAUUUGUUUUCUAGUGAGGAGACUCCUAUAAAUGCCACAAUUUGGAGCAAAUUGAUACUUCCUCAUACACUUUCAUUACUAGGACAUGGCUAGUGAUCAAUCGACCGACCGUGGCCGUACUACAUCCGGUCGAGGUCGUGUCUCUCGCCGCGGCAGACCCAUCAUAGGGGAUGCGGCAUGUUUGCACUCUCAUGCCACAUCCUCCUCCCCCUCCUCUGUAAAUUCUAUUCAACCAACCAGUCAAUACCAUCCUACUUUAUCAUCUCCCAAUCACUUCACUGCUAAUAUGCUGACAGAGGCUUCACCUCCACCUAGCCCCCAUAUUCCACAUGCACCCAGCACGCAGAGCCCACCACUGGACACACAGGGUGCCAGUGGCUCUUCAUCCCAGAAUACUGGGAUUAUGCCUCCUCAGAAUAACCGUAUCUUGAUACGACCUGUUUCGACUGCUCUUUUCGAUCCUUUUGAUGUUACUCGGAAGAUAAGUGAGAUCAUGAAGACCAAGUAUGAACGAGCAGUGACACAAUGGAGUGAUUUUACUCCCGAGGAAAAAGAAAGUUACUUUAAGGAGUUCAAGAGUAAAUUUACAUGGGACCUUGCUCAUGAUGUUGCAAUAAAGAAAUUGUGGAAUAAGAAGAGUGGAGAAUUGUUUCGGGGGAUGAUGCAUAGGGCACGAGAAAACCCGGCCAAAGCUAUUUGGAUCCCUUCUACAGUUCUUUCUGAACUUCGUUGUAUUUGGGAUGGACCAGAGUACAAAAAGAAAAGGGAACAGGGGAAGAAAAAUCGAGCAUCUGAGGAUAGUUGUUCUCACACUGGUGGCUCUAUUCCUCACACGGAGUACCGUAAGAGAAUGAAGGUGGAACUUGGCCGGGAUCCCACCAAGGCAGAGGUGUUUGUUCGCACUCAUCGAAAAAAGAGUACGCAACAAUUAGUCGAUGGACGAGCAACGACUACAAUUGAAAAUUUAACAAGCUCAAGGAGGACAUUCUGACACAACGAUCAGUCUCCUCCACCAGUGAGUCACCUCUUGAGCCGUUGGACGAGGAUCCUGUAUUCCUUACGGCGGCUGGUGGGAAGAAUAAGAAAAAUCGCA